UUUUAGGUCGUGCACCAACAGUUUCUUUACUUCCUGUUUCAUCAGGCACACAGUUACACAUGCACAGUAGGUGUGUGGAGAGCAGGACCUUAAUGUUAUUGGCUUUCUACGCAAGCUAAAAGUCAGACACUUUAUUUUGAGCUACCAUCACCAGAGAUGGAGUUUGCUUGCAGUCAUGUUGUGUGUAACUGGAGGUCGGAGAGCUUAUCAGAAGAUGAAGCUAAAGUCUCAAAUCAAGGUUGUUCCUCCACGCUUCCCUGUGGUCUGUCCAGAGCUCAGUCCGAUCAUCCUUACGACAACCGCAUUACCUUUGUUCAGAAACCAGCUCCAUCAGUGGCUCCACCACCUGUUCCUCCCCGUAGCAUAGAAAGGAGAGGCACUGUGUUUAGAGCUCUCCCACCCCCACCUUUACCGCCGAGAGGUUUGGAUAAUAUUGGAGAGACUCACCUUAAAGCUAAUGUAAAUGUGGUGUCGCUAAAAGUGGGUAGCCUUGUGGACAUUAGUAAAGCAUCUGCUAUACAGUGCAGCCAAAAACCAGUGCAUUGUGGGAAAUGUAGUGCUGUCAUGUCCUCAGCAAGCAGUCCAGAGACACACCAUAAAACAAUAAUAUGGAGGUGUGAGUUUUGUGGAAAGGAGAACGUUUACCCUCAGACUACGCUGAAGGGAGGCCGGUUUUCUUUGCGCAGUCCUUCAGGCAGGGAUAUACUGUACAUGGACGACGAUGAGGACACAGAGUAUGAGAAUCUAGAUGACAUGCUUAUUGUCCUGUGUGUGGACAUUUCCGGAAGUAUGAGCGUCACUUCUGAGAUCUCUCCUGGUAACGCCAUGCGAUCACCCACUUAUGUUUCACGACUGCAGGGAGUCCAAGAAGCUCUUCAGAUGGUGCUGUCCUCCCUGCAGAAAACCUCAUCUCACCGAAGAGUGGCACUGGUGACAUUUAACAAUGAGGUGACAGUAUAUGGGGAUGGUACAAAGGUUCCUCUGACUCUGAGAGACUGGGCACUGGUGGACUAUGACUAUGUGAAGAAGGCGGGCGAGAACUACAGCACCCCUCACUGCAUCGCAGAGACCAUCCAACCUCUCACCCAGAAAAUCAAAGAACUCAGAGAACAUGGAGCCACAGCCCUGGGACCUGCUGCCCUCGUCUCUGUUGCCAUGGCAUCUCAGUUCACAGGGUCAAAAGUUAUAAUUUGCACAGAUGGUCAGGCCAACAUAGGCCUAGGCCAUUUAGAUCAGGAGUUUUCUCGUUGCCCCAACCCCUCACCUUAUUUUUACAAUCGGUUAGCCCAUUAUGCUGCCGAAAAGGGCGUGAUAGUGUCUGUGAUGACCUUUGAAGGAGAGGACUGUCGUUUGGCAGAGGUUGGGAGAUUGGCAGAUCACACAGGAGGCCGAAUAAAUAUUGUUAAUGUUGGUACAGUUGCCACAGAGAUCCAGAGCGCUAUAGCUGACAAUGUCCUAGCAACUAGUGUCAUGGCAACACUGCUGGCACCAGAUGGCAUGUACUUCCCCUAUGAGGAGGAUAAUCAUCGGUUAGUACGAGAGAUUGGCAAUGUAACAGAUGGUGUUGAGAUCACCUUCCAGUUUGCAAUCAGAGCAGAAAAAGUUGAAAGUUUCCAACAACGGGACCGGAUCCCUUUUCAACUGCAGCUGAGUUUCAAGACUCGAGAUUUGCAGAAAGUGACGAGAGUCAUCACUCAUCAGAAACGAGUCACCACCAGCAGCUGGGUGUGGGCAGGCAGUUUAAAUAUAUCUGUGUUGGGCGUUCACUGUGCCCAGCUGUGUGCCCGGCUGACUAUGGAGGGCCGAGUACAGGAAGCACAGAGACAACUCAGAGCUCAACAGGACCUUCUCAAAGACAUCAGUCAACAGAAGCCGAGUCCUAAAGAAGAGAGUAUCUAUGGGAACUGGAUUAGUACCAUGAGUAUGAUCUGUGAAGACCUCUCCACAGUCAACCAGAACACAACGGAAACUGACGCCAAACAAGCAUCCCGAACAUGUUCCACUGCGAGUCUCUCAGAUGCAGCGGCCAAUGUGGUCUACCAAAUGAAGAGAGCCAAGAGUAUGAGCGGAAAGGGACAGAGAGUUGCCAUGAUGGAGAACUGAGCUCAGAUGCCAUCAAGAGUUGUGAGCAGUCAUUUUAAGUGUCAUGUAGGCUGCUAUAUCAAUCUCAAGCUAUGGACAAUGAAUACUGCUUGGAAUUUAUGCAAUAUACAAUAUAUGCAAACUAUGAGUUGAUAACCUAAUAUCCAGCUGGUGAGCUGCUUUCAGAAUCAGAAAGAGCUUUAUUGCCAAGUGUGCCUAAACACACAAGGAAUUUGUCUUGGUAAGAGAAGCUUCCAGUGCACAGACAAAAAAAGUGAGUAAAAAUAAAUACGUAAAAAAAAACAUAAUAGGCAAAGAGACAGUAAACAGCAUAUUGUAUGUACAGAUGUGCUAUAUACAAAUUAUGCAUGGGAAUGUGAACAGGUGUAUGGAAAGAAGUCACAGUGGGGAGAACAUUUAACUGUGCAUGAGGUAUAUGGCCUGAGGGAAGAAACGUUUCCUAUGUCUGGCUGUUUCGGUGCUCAGUACGCUGUAAACAGUUCAAAGAUGAAGUGGGCUGGGUGUGAGGGGUCCAGUGUGAUUUUGCCAACCCUUUUACUCACUUUCACUUUCCAUGGCAUCACUUCUGUAUUGAUCUUUGGCUGGUUUGUGCAUUUAAGACAUUUUUGAAUAAGUAACAUAUUUGACAUACAUUUGCAAUUGUCAGAUUACCAGCUUGGAUACUAUUGACUGUAUUAAUAAAUAUAAAGCAAUCAAAUAAAACAUGUUUUAUAGAAA